AUGGCAACUCCUGCAGUGCCCUUGCCAGAGACCCCAGCUGCGACUGCUGCAGUGCCCUUGCCCGAGACUGUACCUGCGAUGACACAGGCCUUGCCAGAGACCCCAUCCUCAGCUCCAAUGGCAUCUCCUGCACAGCCCUCGCCAAAGACCCUGGAAGCUUCUGCGCAGCCUUCGCCCAAGGCUUCAGUUCCGGUGGCAACACCGCCGGACCGCACGCUGGUGGCGUUGGCCGGGGUCGAAAGAAUCGAUUGGACGACUCACAAAAAAGAAGGGAUGAGAUUGAAAAGACUCAUUGAGGAAUCGGCUGACGGUGCCCAAACGUUCCCCUACAUGGCCAAGAUGUGGGCUGGCUCCAAGGAGGACAGAAAGCAGCUGCUCCGGGAAUGGGUGCUUAAGAAUGGCGAUGCUGCUGCAGUUGAGGCGAGCAUCGUCGUCUCCAAGUCAUCCAGCUCUAAGCUGGGAACUCAGAAAGAGCUCUUAACAGUCCAGGAGAUGGUCUCCAAAGGAUACCCUGCUGAGAAAAUAUCGGCAAUUGUGGCCAAAGGAGGAAUUCCAGAUCCAGACUGCCCUCACAUUCCAAGUCUCUACAAGUACUGGUGCCAAACCAGUUGCGUCUUGAAGGAUGUGGAGGAAGUGAAGCAGGAGUCCAGGGUGACUGUGCAGUGUCAGCCCACCGCUGCUGCUUUGGAUGCUGUGAUGAGUGGGCCUAAGGGGCCUGCAAAGCGCUGCGCUUUGCCGACGGGAUGCUUGGAGCAAAUGAUGCAAUCAACCCAGUCGCCAGGAACCAUUCAAGAACCUCAAGCCCCAGCUGCUCCUGAGCCCAAAGCUAAGAGCAAGGCAAAGGCAAAAGCGAAGGCGAAGUCUGGCGCUGCAGGCAAGGUGACAGCCAACCUGCUGGACCUGAAAAGUGAACUGGAUGAGGAGGUCAAGCAAAUGAGAUUGGUGAAAGCUCAGGGACGAGCAGUGAUUGGGGAGAUCAAGAAGCAGUCUGUGCUGAAUCUGAUGUCUCCUCAUGGGGAGAUCGAAUUUCCAGGGUUGAAUCCGUGCUGGCCUCCGGAAUUGGCACUGGAAAUGCAACAGUUCAACAUGCACGCCAAAUUGGUGAUGCAAUUGGAAGUGCUGCUUGACACGCGAAACAAACGAGAGCCGUGUCCACAACAGAGCGAUGCGCCAUGGGGUCGGCCUGGAUUGCAAAGUGGAGUGGCAGCAAUGCUUCAGAAUGGCUUCCUGAACGUGCUGGUGCAAUUGGACAAGAUGGUCGACUACUGGCAUCACAUGUUGAAGGAGUUUCCCGACCAUCCAGCUGACCAUUCUGUGGAGCUUCGCUUCUAUGUGAUGAACUUUAAGGGUGAUUGGAAGUACCUGCAGCAGCUAUUCAACUUCCGAAAGAACCCCUCAACAGAGAAGGUAUGUUGGAAAUGCGAAGCGACGAAAGGGAACUCCGAUUUAACCAAUACCUACACCAAUGUGGGGGAACAAGCACCAUGGAAGGCUACACUGUGGACAUCAUUGCCAUGGCCUGCAUCCGAAGUUCCCGAGCUGACUAAGGUGACAGGCUUUGAUGUGAAGAUGAUUGCAGCAGACUUAUUGCAUACGUGGCAUUUAGGCUGCGGCCGUGAUUUGGCAGCCAGCUGCAUCAAAGUGCUGGUGGGUCUGCAUUAUUUCCCGGGAAGAUCAAUUGAGCGAAGCUUGGCACUGGCCACGGUUCAGCUGAAGCGGUAUGCAAAACUCUGCAAGCACAGUCUUGUGCUUCGCAAGCUGACGAAAGCAAACUUGACGUGGACCGAAUACCCGGAACUGAAGUGCAAAGGUUUUGACACGUUCGUGGUUUUGUCGUGGCUGCAGCAUGAGUUCGCCGCCCGUCCUCCCACAGCAGAUGACCCCGAGGUACAAGCGAUGUUAGACCUGAUGACUACAGCAGUAUGGUGCAUGGAUUCGAUGAUGCGAAUGUUGGCACACAGCCCCAUGCACCUAUCAGAGGCACAGCAACGGCAAAAAACCAUUCUGGGCAGCAUAUACAUCAACUGUUACAUGACGCUGGCUGGGAACGCGGUCCAGAAUGGGAAGAAGCUAUGGCGUGUUCGGCCGAAAUUCCACAUCCUCCACCACUGCAUAUUGGAGGAUCGUGAAUCGAGGUUAAACCCGCACUAUAGUGCUACAUGGAUGGAUGAGGACUAUAUAAAGAGGACAAUGCGUGUCAAGAAGAAGACACAUAAGCGUACCGCCACCAGUGCGACGCUGCACAGGUGGCUGAUGGGGCUUGCAAGACAGAUGCAGGCGACCCUUGAGCAGCUGUGA